AAGAUUAUAGAAAGACUUAGCUUGACUUUGAACAAGCUGUGUAAAGUGAAGACUGAAGAAUAGAAAAAUAAAAAUGAAGACUUGGCUGUAUGGGCUUUGACCCUUUUGUCUGUCCAGAUGGACGAACAGAACCAAAAAAAAGUGACAAUUGACAAUUCAUAUGUAAAUAAAAAUAUUAUUGUUAUUUUUCUAUAUACUACAUACGUACUUGAUAGUAUUAGGGAAUUGGUUCUAAGAAUAGAAAUCAGAAUAUUACAUUAACUAUUCAUAUGCGGUAUUGUUGUCAGAUUUAUAAAAUAUAAAGUGUGAAAUUACAAACUAUUUUUGUACUUACUUGUAACUUACUACAAGUUUACAGAUAUUUUAUUUUAAAUAAGAAAUGUUGGAACAUAAUUAUAUUAAUAAUUUUAUUAGGAAUCUAAGGACAUACAUAAUAUUAUGCUAAAUUGUUAAAUUGUAAUUUUUUUUAUGUUAGUGUUGAAAUAUUUGUUUAAACCAUGUCUGGAAGUAAAAUAGGAAUUAUAUGGUGUCCAGCACAACACGAUAAAUUUGUUGUAUGGGGUGGCCAAGAUCUGUCCUUGUAUGAAAUAGCUAAUAUAAGGGAUAUUGAGAAAAAGACAUCAUUCACACAGUUGUCAUCAACGCGUGGAGCGUAUGUGGUCGCCUCUCUGAGCGCAAGUGGUGUCCGUUGUGUAGAUGUGAGUGCAAUAUCGGAGCAACCAGAUCCUUUACUUGCUCUGGGACAUGUGAAUGGGAGAGUGUCUCUAACUAGCCUCAAACAAGCAUAUGAUCCUCUGGGAUUGGCUGGAAGAGAAUUUGUGGCUAGAUAUGCACGUCCCUGCAAUUCAUUGGCAUGGAAUCACCAGGAGAGUAAUUUGUUGGUGGCAGCAAUGGACAAGCAUCGUGCGGACAACUGCAUCAUGCUGUGGGACGUACAAGCUAGUUCUACUGUAGACUAUGAUGGAGACAGUUCAUCACCAGCAUCAGGCUGGCCGGAAGCAGGGCGUGCUUUGUGUGAGGCUGGCGGUGCGGGGGAGGCAGCCCAUUGUGUCGCCUGGUGCACGUUUGCACCUCGAACUGUGUUGGCUGGUCUUAAUCAUAAACAUAUCAAGAUAUUUGAUCUAAGAGAGGCAGGCAGUAAAGCGUCCGGAUCAGCCACGACGCGACAUUGCCAGGGCGUGUGUGCGGAGCGUGGUGGUUGGCAGCUGGCGUCGCGAGGGGACAGCGCCGUGUGUGUGUGGGACGCCAGGGCGCUGGCCUCGCCCCUGCUCACUCUGCCGCAACCACGUCCCCCGCGCGAGAUUCACUGGUGCCCCACCAGACGGAACCUGCUGGUAUGUCUGCAGCGCGACUCCAGCUCUCUGCGCUUGUACGACAUCCAGCAAGCCAACGACUUUAAAUCGCAACAAUCAUUCGACUCGGCGACGUCUGUGAGUGCCCUGGAAGAGAGCGAGUGCGGAGGUGGCGCACGUGGCCGCAGCGUGGUGGAGCGCGAGCUGAGCCCCGCGGCCUGCGCGCUGCUCGCGGUCGCCUGCCACCCCGCGCACCGCGCUCGGCUGCUGGCGCUCACCGCUACCGGCGGCAUGGUGGAGGUGACGGUGAGCGAGCGCGUGACGGUGUCGGUGGGCGCGGGCGGCGCGCUGGCGUGGGCGGGCGGCGGUGCGCUGCGGGCUCUGGCCCCGGCCGCGCUGGCCGACCUGGCCGACCUGGCCGCUCUGGUGCGGCGCCGGGCCGACAACCACUACGGACUCAAGGCAGACCUUUGGCAGAACGCGGAAGUGGCGGAGGACGAGACGCUCAGUGGGCUGUGGCACUUCCUGGCGCUAAGCAAGUCUCUGGUGGAGGACGGGUGCGUGCGAAACAGUCCGUGCCCGCACCCGGGUGUGCGUACUGCGCUGCGGGCACCGAGCGAGACGGGGGGCUCGGGGGGUGCGGCGGGCGGGUACCGUUCCGAGGCUGUGCCCACGCUGCUGCCCGAUAUGCCGAGCAGAAAGAUUAUUAUCUAUAGGAGCGCGGAGCGAGCCCGCGCGUUGGCGCUGUGCGGCUGGGGCUGGGGCUGGGAGAACGCGGGCGCGGGCGUGGAGCGCGCCGAGGCCGAGGGCACGCCGUGCCGCGCCGCCGCGCUGGCCGCCUUCCACCUGCGGCCGCGCGCCGCGCUCGACGUGCUGGCCCGCGCGCGCGACGCCCGCGUGCGCCUGGCCGCGCUGGCGCUGCUGCCCGCGGCCGCGCCCGGCGCCGCGCCCGACGACCGCCUGUGGCGCGAGGCGCUGGCGGCGGCCGCGAGCGCGCUGCCCGACCCCUAUCUGCGAGCGAUGUUACACUUCCUCGCCGCCUCCCAUCAUCAUCCGCUCGAUUUUUCUCUGGUUUUGAAAGAGACGGAGAUGCGGCUGGAGGACCGCGUGGCGUUCGCGUGCAUCUACCUGUCGGACAGCAAGCUGCACGAGUACGUGGGCAGCACGUGCGAGCAGCUGGUGGCGGCGGGCGAGCUGGGCGGCAUGCUGCUGACGGGCGUGACCCGCGAGGGCCUGCGGCUGCUGCAGCGCUGGCUAGAGCGCACGGGCGACGUGCAGAGUGCGGCGCUGCUGGCGGCGCGCUGCUGCCCGCCCGACCUGCUGCGGGACCCGCUCGUGCAGGACUGGCUGGACAGGUGCGUUACACACCAUUCAACUAAAUACCAUUACUUUCAUUGGCUGGACUGCAAGGACACUACACUGGCUUAA